AUGUGUGGUAUCUUUGCUUCUUACAGACAUCCAGAAGUUGAAAACUAUAAAGCAAAAGCUUUACAAAACGCUAAGAAAAUUAGACAUCGUGGUCCAGAUUGGUCAGGUAAUGUUAUUAAAAAUUCAACAAUUUUAGUUCAUGAACGUUUAUCAAUUGUUGGUUUAGAUUCUGGUGCUCAACCAAUCACUUCAAAAGAUGAAUCAUUAUCAUUAGCUGUCAAUGGUGAAAUUUAUAAUCAAAUACAUUUAAGAGAAGAAUUCCCAGAUUAUCCUUAUAAAACUUUAUCAGAUUGUGAACCUAUUAUCCCAUUAUAUCAAAAAUAUGAUAUUGAUGCACCAAAAUAUCUUGAUGGUAUGUUUGCCUUCGUUCUUUAUGAUGCUCCAAAAGAUCGUAUUAUCGCUGCUAGAGAUCCAAUUGGUAUCACCACUUUAUACAUGGGUAGAGAUUCUAAAAACAGUAAAUCUGUUUAUUUCGCAUCAGAAUUAAAAUGUCUUAUUGAUGAUUGUGAUGAAAUUAUUGCAUUCCCUCCAGGUCAUGUCUAUGAUUCUGCUACUGAUAAAUUAACAAGAUAUUUCCAACCAACAUGGUGGGAUGAAGAAAAAAUUCCUACAAAGAGAGUUGAUUAUAAAGAAGUUCGUGAAACUUUAGAAUUAGCUGUUAGAAAAAGAUUAAUGGCUGAAGUUCCAUAUGGUGUCUUAUUAUCAGGUGGGUUAGAUUCUUCAUUAAUCGCUGCUAUUGCCGCUAGAGAAACUGCUAAAGCUUCUGAACAUGAUGAUGAUUCUAAAUUAGCUGGUGUUGAUGAUUCAGGUAAUUUACAUUCUCAUGGUUGGACUAAAUUACAUUCAUUUGCUAUUGGUUUACCAGGUGCUCCAGAUUUAAUUGCUGCUGCUAAAGUUGCUAAAUUCAUUGGUACUAUUCAUCAUGAACAUACUUUCACUUUAGAUGAAGGUUUAGAUUCUUUAAGAGAUGUUAUUUAUCAUUUAGAAACAUUUGAUGUUACCACAAUUAGAGCUUCAACUCCAAUGUUUUUAUUAUCAAGAAAAAUUAAAGCUCAAGGUGUUAAAAUGGUUUUAUCAGGUGAAGGUUCUGAUGAAAUCUUUGGUGGUUAUUUAUAUUUCGGUUCUGCACCAUCUGCUAAUGAAUUCCAUACUGAAUGUGUUAAAAGAGUUAAAAACUUACAUUUUGCUGAUUGUUUAAGAGCAAACAAAUCAACAAUGGCUUGGGGUCUUGAAGCUCGUGUUCCAUUCUUGGAUAAACAAUUCUUGGAAGUUUGUAUGAAUAUUAAUCCAGAAGAUAAAUUAAUUAAACCAACUGAAGGUAAAAUUGAAAAAUACGCUUUAAGAAAAGCUUUUGAUACUUCAGAUGAUCCAAAUGCUAAACCAUAUUUACCAGAAGAAAUCUUAUGGAGACAAAAAGAACAAUUUUCUGAUGGUGUUGGUUAUUCAUGGAUUGAUGGAUUAAAAGAUACUGCUGAAAAAGUUAUUUCUGAUGAACAAUUUAAAACACCAAAACCUGAAUGGGGUGAUGAUAUUCCAACUACUAAAGAAGCUUAUUGGUAUAGAUUAAUGUUUGAUGAAUUAUUCCCAUCAAAAGCUGUUGCUUCAACUGUUAUGAGAUGGAUUCCAAAAGCUGAUUGGGGUUGUGCUGAAGAUCCUUCUGGUCGUUAUGCUAAAUUACAUGAACAACAUGUUGAAGAUAAAUAA